CUCCACCGCUGUCUGCGUAGUAACACAGGGAUUUCAAGACUUACUCCAGAAAAAUAUCCGAAGGCAAGAUUAUCCAAAAACUUGGAAUUGAACUGACCAUUACUCAAUCAUCUGCAUUUGAAGCACACAGACACAGCUCCCCACAUGAACAUGGCAAGAUGCUGUCCUAUCGUGUUCAUUGCACCUUGGCUCUCUUUGGGUUGGUUCUUGCUUUUUGCUGUGUCAGCGCUGUAUCGCACUCAGACCUUCGGUUCAGGAGGUUUCUACAGAAGGCAAAAGCUGCAGGCCUAAAUAAACAGGACUCCUCUAAAUAUGCAAUAGAGGACCUUAUCUCCCAGCUUGUUCAGUCUGACAGUGAAGCCCUGGAGAAUGAAAUGUCUGUGUUGGAUGAGAACAGUGAUGCCAGACUUGAGCUGGAGAGAUCUACUGAGAUAGGGAAGGAAAUCCCUCCCAGAGAACGUAAAGCAGGAUGCAGAAAUUUCUACUGGAAAACCUUCACAUCAUGUUGAUCCUCAACUACGUGGCCUGGCACCCCAAUUUCUCUACUGAGAUGCUUCAGCCUUUCAGCAAAUUCUGAAAUAUAACAUGUGUACUGAACUAAUUAAAUUAAAAAUCUUUUAAUUUCAUUAA